AGCCCCUCUCUUUCUCUUUCUCCCUCUGAAAAAAUAAAAUAAAUAGCAGUUGUUGUGUAGCUGUUGUCUGGCGCAUCCCCAUUUUGAAAAUCUCUCCCUCCAGUCCUUUCACACACUACUUCUCCUUCUUAUAAUAUUCAACUCUUCUUCUCUCCUUUCGCUUUCUCUUAUAUAAGUACUCCUCCUGUUUUCUUGUUUCUCGAAUUCUUGUUUCAGAGAGAAAGAGAAUCGGAAGUAAAAAAGAAAUGGCGGUGAGUUCUUCUUCUAGAGGAAGCAGAAACGCAGAGUUACUAGUUAAUACUGUUCCAAGGAAGUUUAAAGACAGAGAUAAUGAUACAACAACAAUUCCUUGGGUCGAGCCUAUGCCCAAAAGCCAAAAGAGAGUCCCUGUUGUUUACUAUCUCUCUAGGAAUGGUCAGCUUGAACACCCUCAUUUCAUUGAAGUUCCUCUCUCUUCUCCUGAUGGUCUCUAUCUUAGAGAUGUCAUCAGUCGCUUAAACGUCCUUCGUGGUAAAGGCAUGGCUAGCCUCUACUCCUGGUCAUCGAAACGGAGCUACAGAAACGGCUUCGUUUGGCACGACUUAGCAGAGAAUGAUUUUAUCUAUCCAGCACACGGCCAUGAGUACGUUCUCAAAGGAUCAGAGCUUCUCGAUCCUUCUAACAGACCACUACUUCCCGAACCGACGCCGUCGUCGAUGUCUGUUAAACCAUUAAAACCGCCGGAGAUUCACAAGUCAUCGUCCAGUGAAGAGUCAGAUUUUCCAGUGAUUACACGGCGAAGAAACCAAUCCUGGAGCUCUAUUGAUCUCAAUGAGUAUAAAGUUUAUAAAACUGAGUCGUUCUCUGAGUCGACUCGGAAACUCGCUGCUGAUGCGUCCACUCAGACUACUGAUGACAAGAGGAGGAGGAGAAGGCUAGUGAAGAAAGACGAGGAAAUUGAAGAGAAGAGUCAAGAACCGGAGGUUAAUAGAGAAGAAAUUGAGAUUUCACCUCCACCGUCGGAUUCGAGUCCUGAAACUUUAGAGUCUUUGAUGAAAGCUGAUGGACGGUUGAUACUAGGCAGUGGUAGUAAUGAGGAGAGUCCAAAUCCGACGACCGAGAACUAUGGAAGGAUUAAGGCGUCAACGGUUCUGAUGCAAUUGAUCUCUUGCGGUUCUAUUUCGUUUAGAGAUUGUGGGGCCACUGCGGUUAAAGAGCAAGGCUUGUCAUUGAUUGGACAUUAUAAAGGCCGGUUGCCACGUGGAGGAGGGAGUAGGGUAGGGACGUCGAAGGAGUUCUUAAAUUUUGGAGGGGUAAGAUUGGAAGAUAAGGAAUACUUUAGUGGUAGCUUGAUUGAGACUAAGAAAGAGGAGGUGCCUGCUUUGAAGAGGUCGAGUUCUUACAAUGCAGAUAGGAGCUCCCAUUUGCAUCUGGCGGAGAAGGAGGUAGAAGGAGCGAGAACCAAGUGCAUUCCAAGGAAGCCAAAGGCAAUACCAACCAAGAAAGAGACCCACAUUAUUGAAAGCAAUGUUACAAGUCAACUUGGGAGCAAAAGAUUUGAGAUUCAGCAAGUUGAAGAUGAGGCAAAAUGAGAGCGUUGAAUUUAACCUCAGCUUUGUAAAUGUGGUUUUAGUUUAGUGGUUAAGCAAUUGAAAAACGAAGAGCAGAGCAUAGUCAAAAGAAAACAAGGAAGUUAAAAAAAAUAAAAAAGAAGGGAAUAGGGUAAACGUGAGGCGGACUGCAAAUCAUGGCACGGCGGUCCGUCCAGGGCACUUACAUUGAGGGUUAAAGUGAGUUAAUGCUUUUAAUUCGUUGGAUGUCGUAAAAUGUCCAUUUGAGUUUGGAGCUUUUUGAGGGUAGGGUCAAUGCUACAUGUGCCUUAAUUUCGGUGAUUAGGUGGUAAGGUAAAUCAUACUAGUUGUUUUAAGUCUUUUGAGACACAAUCCUUUUGACUCAAAGAACAUGGGAAAUGGAGUUUUGUCCUUGGCAGUGUCGUAACCCUUUUGGCUUUGAUUGUUUCAAAGCAACCACGUGAGCAAUCUAAGGUUUAUCAAAUACUUACCCGGCUGUUGGGAUUUGCCUUGAGAGGUAUUUCAUGUUUGCCGGGAAAGUGCAGAUGCAGCUCCUGCAAGUUACGGGGCCAUCAUCCAUGGCGAAUUGUUCAAGUGGGAAACUCUUCUCUGCCAUUGGAGUAACUGAAAUCUAACGUUUAUGAAUUAAACCAUGUCAUCUCUCUUGAUAUUGGCAAAUUUAUAAAACUAAUCCUUUGAACGGAUUGAGGGAAAAGUAGAAGAGAACAAUAAAAAGAAAAAAAAUUAUUAUUAUUACUUUUUAUA